UAAAUAUGAAGUAUUUUUAAAAUUAAAAGAAAUUGAUACUCCGUAUUUUUUUUUCACACCCAAAUGACCCAACUUGCCCUAUCCCCAAACCGCCUCAGAAAACCAAAUACGUACGGAUUAGAGCUUGGAGCAGCUUCGCGGCAACUUCCUUCCUCUUUCUGAUAAAUGCCCUAGGUUUUCUUUCAUUGUCGACCGCCUCUUCUUCUUUGUCGUAGCCUCGAAGUACUGUAUCCUUCCAUCUUCACGCGCUGUAGAUGUGUACGUAACUAGUGGGCGGUUUGCUCUAAACUCUGAUUACUGAAGAUUAAUCCUGAGAUCAACAAAGUAGUGUAAAAGAAGCAGUGAGAACCAAUUAAGUGGCCUCAUCUCUUCUGCAACAGCACAGAAUAAGAAGAUGAGUAGCGGUGGCGAAGAAUUUAAAGGCUCACCCUAUAGCCGCCAUAGAAAUGAGGACUUGGAAGCUAGCUACCCCCACAGGGGCUAUUCUGACGAGGAUGAGAACUGUGAUCCUUUUGAUAUUUUCCGCACCAAGAGCGCCCCAGCUGACCGUUUGAAACGUUGGAGGCAAGCAGCACUUGUCCUGAAUGCUUCUCGCAGAUUCCGAUAUACUAUGGACUUGAAAAAAGAAGAAGAAAAAAAGCAAUUAGUAGCUAAGAUUAGAACCCACGCACACGUCAUACGUGCAGCUGUGCUUUUUCAAAAAGCUGGGCAAGCUCUGCAGGGAUCUGGAACCCCUAAAGAACUGCCAGGUGCUCCAAGACCAGGCAGUGAAUUUGAUAUUAGUAUGGAGGAGCUGGAAUCCAUAUCUAGGGAGCAUAACCUUCAUACUCUGCAGAAAUAUGGAGGGGUCAAAGGUGUUGCAGGGAAGCUGAAAACAGAUAUUGAAAAGGGAAUUGUUGGGAAUGAAGGGGAUUUAUUAAAACGCAGUAGUGAAUUUGGAUCUAACACUUAUCCACGAAAGAAAGGACGAAGUUUUUGGAGGUUUCUUUGGGAAGCUAGUGGGGAUACAACCUUGAUAAUCCUGAUGGUAGCUGCAGCUGCAUCUUUGGCACUAGGGAUUAAAACUGAGGGUAUAAGAGAAGGAUGGUAUGAUGGAGGGAGCAUUGCACUAGCAGUAAUCAUUGUCAUAGUUGUUACAGCUGUAAGUGACUACAAGCAAUCCCUUCAGUUUCAAAGUUUAAAUGAUGUGAAGCAAAACAUACAACUUGAGGUUAUCCGAGGUGGGCGAAGAAUUCCUAUUUCUAUAUUUGAGAUUGUUGUUGGUGAUAUUGUACCUUUAAAGAUCGGUGAUCAGGUGCCUGCUGAUGGGCUUGUAUUAAAUGGACAUUCUCUUGGAAUUGAUGAGUCAAGUAUGACAGGGGAAAGCAAGAUAGUUCAUAAAGAUUCAAAAGCACCAUUCCUAAUGUCUGGGUGUAAAGUAGCAGAUGGGUAUGGGACCAUGCUGGUAUUGAGUGUUGGAGUUCAUACAGAAUGGGGAUUACUAAUGGCUAGCAUUGCAGAGGAUAAUGGGGAAGAAACACCCCUGCAGGUCCGUUUAAAUGGUGUGGCAACAUUCAUUGGUAUGGUUGGCCUUGGAGUUGCGCUAGCUGUUCUUACUGUCCUUAUGAUCAGAUUCUUCACCGGGCACACCAAAGAUCCUCAUUUUGAAGCUGGAAAGACUAAAGCUGGUGAUGCCAUAGAUGGGGCUAUUCAAAUCUUCACAAUAGCAGUAACCAUUGUAGUUGUGGCAGUACCAGAAGGCCUUCCCUUGGCUGUGACUCUCACGCUUGCCUAUUCGAUGAAGAAAAUGAUGGCAGACAAGGCUUUGGUUAGGAGACUUUCUGCAUGUGAAACUAUGGGGUCUGCAACCACUAUUUGUAGUGACAAAACUGGAACUUUGACUUUAAAUCAGAUGACUGUUGUUGAUGCUUAUAUUGGUGGAAAAAGAAUGUCCCCCCCAGAUGAUAAAUCCCAAUUGCCGCAGAAAGUUAUAUCUCUCCUCCUUGAAGGCAUUGCGCAUAAUACAAUUGGCAGUGUGUUUGUUCCUGAGGGUGGUGGAGCACCUGAGAUUUCUGGAUCACCAACAGAGAAGGCCAUUCUCCAAUUUGGAGUUGAUAUUGGCAUGAACUUUGCUGCCAUUAGAUCGGAGUCAACAGUUAUCCAUGCCUUCCCAUUCAAUUCAGAAAAGAAAAGAGGCGGUGUUGCCCUGAAACUGAACAAUUCUGAAGCUCACAUACAUUGGAAAGGUGCUGCUGAAAUUGUUUUAUCUUGCUGUAAUAGCUUCAUUGAUGCAAAUGAUAAUGUGGUGCGCUUGGAUGAAAAUGAGCAGUUAUCCAUCAAAAAGGAAAUUGAUGUCAUGGCUGCAAAUAGUUUACGUUGUGUGGCUAUUGCAUAUAGGCCAUAUGACACGGACAAAUUUCCCAAAAGUGAAGAAGAGUUGAGUGGUUGGGUGUUGCCUGAUACAGAUUUGAUCUUACUCGCAGUUCUUGGGAUCAAGGAUCCCUGCCGGCCUGGAGUUGGAGAUGCAGUUCAAUUAUGUAUAGAUGCUGGUAUUAAGGUGAGAAUGGUCACUGGUGAUAGUAUUCAGACUGCUAAAGCUAUAGCUCUGGAAUGUGGAAUACUUGAGUCAAAUUCAGAUGCUACUGAGCCAAAUGUGAUAGAAGGGAAAGCCUUCCGUGCAUUAUCAGAGUCUGUUAGACAAGAAAUUUCUGAGAAGAUAUCUGUCAUGGCAAGGUCAUCUCCAAAUGACAAACUCUUACUCGUGCAAGCAUUGAGGAAGAAUGGGCAUGUUGUCGCUGUAACUGGAGAUGGCACUAAUGAUGCUCCUGCGCUACAUGAGGCUGACAUUGGUCUUGCAAUGGGGAUUCAAGGUACUGAGGUUGCCAAGGAAAGCUCGGACAUCAUCAUAUUGGAUGACAAUUUUGCUUCGGUUGUAAAGGUUUGUGAACCUCUGUUCCGUUACGAAGAUUAUUUGGGAUUCCUGUGCACAGUACCCGGAAUCGAUCUUAACGAGCUAAAGAAUUUCACGCACUCAGCGUGCAACUACACGCUUGGCCACCCAUCAAAUCUGAAUAUGCCCUCAAUCGCGAUUUCAAAGCUCGUGGGUACUCGAACCGUGUCACGCUCCGUGACCAAUGUAGCUGAAGAAGAAACAUAUGUAAUCAGUGCAAGAAUGUCACCUGAAGUUGCCAUUGAAACAGAUCCUCCUGCAAUGACACUAAGGCACGGUGCUUCGCGCAAGUUCACGGUGACUCUCACACCUCGCUCCAUCACCGGGCGAUACAGUUUCGGAGAGGUCACACUGAAAGGAAGCAGAGGGCAUGUUGUGAGGAUUCCUGUUGUAGCAUUGGGCAGUCGCCCUACAUCCCGGUAGUUUGGAGGUUUGUAAUCCCACUUCAUGAUAUACGAUGUUGUAUUCUUUGGAUCUAUUGAGAAUAAGAUGCAUAACAUAACAUGAGUUACUUUGUCAGGAUCUGAGAUUUAAAAUUUAAAUGAUGUAAAGAUGGCUAGCCUUGAGAGGAGGGAGAGAUUUAUUUUUCAUCCCCCCAACUGAUUUGUGUUUGUGACAUGGCAAAAUUCCUUAUUUGCCAUGCAAGGACAUUGCUCUUCCUAAAUCUCCACUUAUUCAGCCUGUGAACAAAUCCCUACCACAAUUCCCAUUGUUCUUAGUUCAUGUAGAAAUCUAUACAAACCAAACUGCUUUCUCAUUAAUCAAGACGAAGUAUAAAU